AUGCUAGGCUCUUCUUUGCUGCGGAAGGUGAAGCUUCCCACGGUGGUGAAGGCGUACCUUGGAAUCACCACUCUGCUAUCCCUCAUAACCUUGACGAUCAAGUACCAGUCGUACCAGUCGCUCUUGAGAACAACCCCGGUUGAAAGUGUUGCGGGAGUCAGCUUUUCUUCCAUAGCUGUUCCCAUGCUUCAGCUCAUUCCCGGGAGUGCAAUGUUUUACCCGUGGGUGCUGUUGACAAGCACAUUUGUCGAGACCACGUUGGUGAGAUACGCGUUCGCACUGGUUGUGCUAUAUUUUGGGCUGAACUAUUGCGAAAAAAUGUGGAACUACAACGAUUCGGGAAUGCUGAACCAGGCCGUUUUUUCUGAGACGGUGAUUUAUGUCACCGUGGUGGCCGUCUUGACGAAUCUGACAACAGCGAUCACCACUACCGUGGUGGAUGUGAUGUUCCUUGCAGAUCAGGAAUUGUCGGCACCAAUCACGCACGGAGUUCUUUCGAUCCUCAUGGCUUUUAUUGUCGUGGUAAAACAAUUCUCUCCCGAACACACCAUCAAGAUUUUGCAGGGAGGCCUCACUGUGAGAGUGCGCCAGAUCCCAAUAAUGAUCCUCUUCAUGUCUGUGGUGCUAUCGCUUGUGAGGAGGUCUCUUUCACCAAUGUUGCCUAUUUGCAAUAGCUUCUACAUCUCGUGGAUGUAUCUGAGAUUUUUCCAGAAAACGACGCUUUCGAACGAUCUAAUAACACCAACCACGGUCACACAGGGAACCGUCAUCAGAGGCGAUGCCAGCGACACAUUUGCAUUCAUCCAAUUUUUCCCAGAUUUCAUCAAACCAACACUAAAACCUCUAUGCAGAGCCAUAUACCACACCUCGGUGCUACUGAGUGUUAUCAAGCCCUUUAACGAUGACGACAUCGAAACGGGAAACCUGAGAGCUAUAAAGAGAAUCAACGCGUUCACUCAGCAGGACCAGAACGUGAGCGCCAGAGACAUAGCCGAGCGCAGGAGACAGGUUGCACUGAGAGUCUUGGAAGAACGUGUGGGAAAGGAUGACUUCCCGGUGAGGUCCAUGAGCAGCGCCAGCAUUCCUCAAUUGCCUAGAACCAACAGCUCUGUGGUGGUAUCAGCACCAGCAUCAACACCGGCAUUGGUUGAGGCAGGCUCUGACAAAAAAUAA